CUUUCUUCCAACGGUUCUUUUUGCGUGGGUUUCUAGAUUGACAACAUUUCACUAUAAAAGAUCAAUGCAAUCUAAAGCCACUUCUCCAUUCAUCAAGUGAAGUUUUAGUGAACGACACAAAAAAAAAUGUUUCGUGGAGAAACUGUAAAAAUUUUGUUGAUUUUUAUUCCAUUUGUGAUUGGUCAAACUAGUUCAGCAUCUCUUAAAAUUGGAUCAGGGAAAGAUGCAAAACCAGGAGAAAAUUUGGAUUAUGUGGUGUUGAAUAUUGUUUUUCAGAAUCAAGGACAGAAAUGCGGUGGAACCUUGAUUGCUUCACAAUAUGUGCUUACAUCUGCAACAUGUGUUUUUGAUCCAGUUGAAGGUAUUGCUACGGCAAUAAAUGUUACUUUUCCACAAUAUCGACCAACAGAAUUUGUUAACUACAAUUUGAAAGUUUAUAUCCAUCCAACGUAUAAUUCAACUACACAUGCCGAUGAUGUUGCUAUAAUAAAAUUGACGACUCCAAUGAUACCAGAUGGAAAAUCUAUUUCAAUUGCUAGAUUAGGAAUAAAUAGCACAGCCGAUGUGUACGUGGAUGAUUUGGUGCGAGCUUGUGGGAUGGGAUCCAUCGGCAAUUAUCCACGUCCGCCAAAAGUACUUCAAUGUACAGAACUUAAUGUUGUUCCAGCUAAAAGUUGUAAUUCAAAUUCUAAAAUCAUUUGCACACAAUGGCCAGAUCGUGAUAACAACAUGUGUAAUGGAGAUUAUGGUGGUCCAAUCUAUUCAUUCACGGAUUCUAUUGACGGUAUGAAACUUACUGUAAUUGGGAUAGCACAAUAUUCUCCAGAUUAUCGUACUGGAUCAUCAUGUCUUGAUGCUCAUAAAGUAUCACAUGCUCAAGUCGCAUCUUAUAUUGAUUGGCUUGCAGCCACAUUAAUUUAAAAUUACGCACAAUGAUAAUUUGUAUUUUUAA